AUGCAGGCAGCCCAGGAGAACCAGGCCAGAAAGGCAGCCAAGGCGGACAACAAGAAUGGAGACCCCUUGGUUCUCAAGUCCAAGAUCCUGGCGGCGAUAUCAGACCCAGCAUCACCGUCUACAUCGAUAUUCAUUGCCGAGUCAGCCGGCUUCGUACGUCGCGUGAGCCUCGAUGUGAUGACGACGUACCGCGGCCCAAACGCCCCCGUGACGUGUGUGGCGGUAAGCAGCGACGGCAAGACUCUCUACGCCGGCUCGUGGGACAAGGACAUAUGGACGUGGGACGUGGCGACGGCGACGGCGGGCCCCAAGCUCAGCGGGCACGACGACUUUGUCAAGACGGUCGUGUGCGCGCGCCUGGGCGGCAAGGACGUCCUGCUAAGCGGCGGCGCAGACAAGAAGAUUAUCGUGUGGAACGCCCAGACCGGGCGACGGCUGCACACCCUGCAGGACCCGACGACAAGCAUGAUGGCCGUGCAGCACCUGGCCGUCGACCCCGUACUGAGCACUGAGUCAGAGCUGGUGUUUGCCAGCGCCGGCAGCGACAAGCACAUCCGGCGAUGGAGGGUGACGAGCGCAGGAGGGUACGAGCAGCUGCCCGAGGCGUUCAGCGACAGGCCGGAGACGGAGCGUCUUACCAUCGAGGAGCACGAGACGAGUGUCUACAAGCUCCUGUACGAUGUUUCCAGCGCCGAGGACGGCGAGGACGGCGUGGACCUCUGGACGGCCAGCGCUGACGGCACGGCCAAGUGCCUCUCCCGCUCGAGGGGUUUCGUGGCCGACGACGUCUACGAGCACGGCGACUACGUGCGCGGCGUGAUCGUCACGGACAACUGGGUCGUCACGGCGGGGCGUAGCGAGGACGUCAAGGUGUGGGAUCGGUCGUCUGGAAAGCUGUACUGUACCCUCGAGGGGCAUUUCGAGGAGGUGACGGACCUGGUGCUUCUGCCUGCCGGUGCGCACUCCCCCAUGCGUGUGUGCAGCGUCGCCAUCGAUGGUACGAUUCGUACCUGGCCGCUUGCCAGGAAGGACCUUGACCGCGUCGUCGAGGACAUGCGUGUCGCCGCUACCAAGCCCAAGGAUGAGGGUGCGGCGGCUGGCGAGGGCCUGUUGACGGCCGAGGAGGAGGCCGAGCUGGCCGAGCUCAUGGAUGACUAG